GUUCCUUUUUGUUGCAUACACGAUACUGAAAUGUUCACAUAAAGCCAUUUGCUUUCAUAUAGGCUAGUUGCCCCUCUCUGCGCAAUUUACGUAUUCCAAGUGAGUUUUGAGUGUUGCAUGACCUGCGGCAUUCUUCUAAGAUGAACACCUCAGAUUUAAACUGUGUAGGGAACAGCAGCAAUGUGAGCCAAGAGGCCACAUGUUCUCCUGAGCCUGAGCACGUGUCUCUGGCUGUGAUCCUCUGUCUCGUCUAUCUGCUGGGCCUCCUGCUCAACGGAUUCAGCCUGUGGGUCUUCACCUGUCGCAUUCACAAAUGGAACUCUGGAACCGUUCUGCAGUUCAAUCUGGCUCUAGCUGAUGCCAUCGUUUCUCCACUCACCCCACUGAUGGCAGUGUACUUCGCCAUGGAUAGCAACUGGAUUUUUGGGAGAUUCACCUGCCAGCUGAAGAUUGCCGUGCUCAGCGUCCACUUCAAUGGCAGUGUGAUCUUCCUCACGCUCAUUAGCAUUCAUCGCUAUAUGACCGUGGUUCACUUCACCCGCUCCUCGUUGAUGAAAAGGAAGACUUUCGUGAAGAAGCUGUGUGCUGGGAUUUGGUGUUUUCUGAUAAUACUUGGCAUUAUUUAUGGAUGGCUGCUUCCUGUAACCACUGAGGAAAAUCAUCGGCAGUGUCUUACUAUUCAUCAGGAAAAACUGGCAGAUGCUUAUUUUAUUAUUAACUUUGUGAUUUUCUUCUUUUGGUGUAUUUUACCCUUAUCGAUAUCAGUGUUUUGCUACAGUCGCCUGGCAAGCUCAGUGACCCGCAUUAACAUAAACUCUGUUCAGGGCCAGUUGGUCAAGAACAAAUCCUUGAAGAUGAUAGGGAUAUGUCUGGUCAUAUUUGGCCUUUGCUUUCUUCCUCUCAAUGUUGUUCGGACCAUCGGAGUAGUCGUGAAAAAGUAUUACCCUAAGAAAUGCAUGCUUCUGUUGCGGUUGCAAACAGCAUAUUAUGUAUGCUAUAUACUGGCAGGAAUCAACUGCUGCUUGGACCCCCUAAUCUACUUUUUUGGAUCACAUAAUUUUAUGACAGCAGUCAGAUCAUCUCUUAGGGUUAUAGGGGUUAAACGCAAUGUUGAAAACAAAACUGAAUCAGAAACAUUAAGUCAAACUGGAAACAGACAUGUAAUUUUUACUGUCUCUUAGGGCAUUUUAAAGUCAGCAUUAAACAGAAUUUGUGAUCAUAUUUUCAUCCCUAUUAUAACGUGAAACGGCUUCUCGAUUGAGGAAAAAAUGUAGGGGGACUUGAUUUUGACCAUCUGGAAUUGAUUGGAUGGUUGUGGUUUCUAUUGUUGUGAUCUCAUGUGAAUGAAAGGUGGUCCUGCCCUUGUGCCAGUAAACAGAGAAGAGAAGCAAGGAGUUCUUUUGUUUAAAGAUUAUGAGGGCACAUAAAAAUAAUAAUAAUGAUGUGCAUAAAUUUAUUACUGUUUUAAGAAAUAAGAAUUGUCCAUUUUCAUUUCAUGGUGACUUUAAUGGUGUUAAGUAUCCUAUUGCAAGAUUACGGUUACAAAAUAUUUUUGUCUUUAAAAUCAGCACAAUCAGUGAAUUUGACACUGUUACUGUGGCCUCCACUGUCUUUUUCUGCUGACAACACUGCACUAAACUGUAAUGCAUUAAAAAAGUUGUUAAAAUAUUUUGCAAAGUAAUGUUGACAUGAAAAUAACUACUGUAUGAGCUGUGCAAGGCUAGCAACCCUUCAAAACAUACAAAGCAGCUCUGAAAUGCUUAUUCACUUGUAUCUUUAUGAUAUCAUUAUAAAUAAAAUUCAUAUAUGAAGUAA